CACUAUAUUAAAAUUUACGAAAUAAAUUCUAACUACCCAUAUUAAAGAUUGGUAAGUGUGAAUGUACAACGCAGAUAUUGUGUUAAAACCUAAUACGGAUGUUACUAUUGAAGAGAGCAUGAACAGUAUUGGGAUACAUUCAAGAACCCAUGGCCUCAAUCCUCCUCCUAUUUCAAUCAUGUCUCUUGGGUGGGCCCAUUUAAUAACAUUGCACAAAAUUACAGCUUCUGGACACUCCUAUGAUUUGUGAACAACUGAAAAUAUCAAUUCAAACAGACCAAUUUUAAAUACUACGUAAAUAUUAUAGACCACAUUCACCACAAUCAUCAACAAUCCUCCAGCAGCCCACCCUAUGCAUGUAAAAUCUAGCAUUUGUAACUAGAACCUUCAAAAGCAAGUUGCAUAAUUAAUUAGAUAAUGUUUCACCUGCAUAUUGACUUCUCUACCCUUUUCGUCUAAGGUCGGAAUGCAUGAUCUCACAAAUAACACCAGGGUAUUAUGGUCAUUCACCGUAUGACCGACUUCCAUUCAACUUUCAGCAAUAGAAUUUGGUUGCCCUCUAUAUAAGGAGAGCCUUCUGUAUCUCCAUGAAUAAGAAAGUUUGUAUAUGACCGUCCGAAUUUUCAGUCAUUUUCUCGAUCUAAUUGACAGUUUCCCUGCUCUUUAUUUCAUCUCCGUAGCUUUUUAGAAACCUGAAGAAUGUGCCUUCAAGUUGAGGCCUUAAAGCUUGAUGAUUCACAACUCUUUUCUAAGAGCAAUAACAUAUCAACCCAAAGAAUUAGGUACCAACAUUAUAUUAGAAAAGCUUCAGUGUUGUUUAUUUCAGUUACUCUAUUUUCCUUCCUUCUUUCAUACUUCACUGGCCUCUCCUUCCUAUACUCUUACACUUAUUAUUCCACCAAGUUUCUCCUGCCAUAUCUUACCCAAACUUUUGAGAGGAAGUACAUGUUUCUUCUCUGCAACGGAAUCCUCGUCUUCCUUGCAGGCAGAUCAGGUUUGCACAAAGCUUCCUGCAAUUUGCCUUCAGAAUUCCAAACAAAGGUAGCUGAAACUGAUAUUGACAUCCGCGAAAAGGUCAUGAAUGUUGAAGAAGACCUUAUGUUGCAGCCUGCAGCACCUGUUCACCCUCUAUCUGAAGAAGAAGAAGCAGAAACUCCCAUCGGAGACGAAUUGCUUAAAACACAAACAGAAGCUGCAGCGACAGUAAAAGAGCCAGUAUUGAUUGAAGCAGAUCGUCAAGUGGUGGGCUUAGUAGAAGAUGGAGACCAGCUGGAUGAAGUAAUUGAAACAGAGAACAAGGAAGAAAGUGGGUCGAUAAUUAUAGGAGGAGAAGAGGAUGAUACAGAGAGUGACGGACCUGCAAGCAAUACAGAAGAGCUAAAUAAGAAGAUUGAAGAAUUCAUUAGAAAGAUGAAGGAAGAACUUCAGCUUGAAGCUCAACAACAGCAAAUCAUUGCUGCAUAACUAGUCCACUUUUCCCCACCUUUUCCAUUUCACCAUGAAUGCACACUACUGGUGCAAGCAUAUUAGGCUUUUCACCAAGCACAACCUCCCCCCCCCCCC